AUGUCGGACUGGGAAGCGGACAGCGACGAGGAGUUCCGCGCCGGGAACCGGCCGCCAGCGCCUCCAUUGCUCGAGUGGCAGCCGGCGAUAGCCCCCGUCCAGGGCCGGAGGAGCCCAGCGCCCCCGGCGGGCGGCAGAGGGCGAAGCGGAGGCCCCGGGCCCUGCGCUGAGGACCAGGAGAAGACGUCGGCCCGGCGAGGCAGGAGAAUGCUGGAGGGUUCGCGGCCUUUCCCCGCACCCCGGGAUCCCUGGCUGUCGGGCCCCCUGGAAUAUCGGCCCCGCGGCCCCCGCAGGGAUCGAGGCUUGGGGGUGCCGCUCUGCUUCCACCUGGACAACGCCUUGAUCGGGACCAUCAUCGGUCGGGCUGGAACUAAAAUAAGAGAACUUGAGGAUUCUUCAGGUUCUAAAAUACAGAUUAUAAGAGGAACGUAUGAAGCUGAAGUAAAGAUUUUUGGCAGUAAUGAUACACAGAACAAAGCCAAAAUAUUGAUCGAUGAUCUUGUUAAGAGGUAUGGCCAAUAUUACCCCAGAGACUGGACUGAGAAAGGUUCCCUUCAACACAAGGAUUUUGGCACUAGUUAUUCCACUGAAAGUCUUCGUGAUCUUGUCAAGUCUGGAAAUGUCCCACAGAAAUCAGUGAUUAACUGGGCAUCUCUUCGAGAAAAUAAAGCUAAAUAUGAAGCUAUGAAGUGGGCAGAUUUGCCUCCAAUUGAGAGAAACUUUUACAAAGAAUCACAAAAGACUGCUUCCAUGCCACAAGAAGAAGUGGCGAAGUGGCGAAAAGAAAAUAAUAAUAUCAUUUGCCAUGACUUGAAAGAAGGUGAGAAGCGCCAUGUUCCCAAUCCUGUUUGUAAAUUUGAAGAUGCAUUUCAAUAUUAUCCUGAUGUUAUGGCAAAUAUCAGAAAAGUUGGCUUUGAGAAUCCUACGCCAAUUCAGUCACAGGCUUGGCCAAUCAUACUUCAAGGAAUUGAUCUCAUUGGUAUAGCACAGACUGGUACUGGGAAAACAUUAGCUUAUUUAAUGCCUGGAUUCAUUCAUUUGGAUUCACAACCAAUCCCAAGAGAUCAGCGUGGUGGGCCAGGUAUGUUGGUCCUCGCUCCCACUCGAGAACUAGCUCUUCAGGUGGAGGCAGAGUGCUCAAAGUAUACAUACAAAGGAAUUAAAAGUAUUUGCAUAUAUGGUGGUGGGGAUCGAAAAGGACAGAUCAAGAUGAUUACCAAAGGUGUGGAUAUUGUUAUUGCUACUCCUGGUAGACUGAAUGACCUUCAAAUGAACAACUUCAUAAAUCUGAAGAGCAUAACAUACUUGGUUUUAGAUGAGGCUGAUAGGAUGUUGGAUAUGGGAUUUGAACCUCAAAUAAUGAAGAUCUUACUAGAUGUACGCCCUGACAGACAAACAAUCAUGACUAGCUUUCGAAGUGAUCCAGAUUGCUUUUUAUCAGUGACCUGCCUUAUUCAUUAUUUACCACUCCCCCAUCUUUGUCAUAUUGCUACUUGGCCAGAUGGUGUUCGCCGCCUUGCAAAAUCGUAUUUGAAAGAUCCUAUGAUCGUAUAUGUCGGCACUCUUGAUUUAGCGGCAGUAAAUACAGUAGAGCAGAAAGUUAUUAUUAUCCCAGAAGAAGAAAAGAGAGCUUUUACACGCUACUUCAUUGAUACUCUGAAGCCUAAGGAUAAAGUCCUCAUAUUUGUGGGAAAGAAACUUACAGCUGAUGACUUAUCAAGUGAUUUUAGUCUUCAAGGAAUUCCAGUUCAGUCCCUUCAUGGCAACAGAGAACAGUGUGAUCGAGAACAAGCUUUGGAUGACUUUAAGAAAGGCAAAGUGAGAAUACUAAUAGCUACAGAUUUAGCAUCCCGUGGGCUUGAUGUACAGGAUAUUACUCAUGUUUUCAACUUUGAUUUUCCUCGGAACAUUGAAGAGUACGUUCAUAGAGUAGGUCGUACUGGACGAGCAGGACGCACAGGGGAGGCUGUAACGCUUGUCACUAGGAAUGACUGGAAGAUUGCGUCUGAGCUGAUCAGCAUUCUUGAAAGAGCAAAUCAAACUGCUGGCCCUACUGGAAUGCUGGGUUCACAACAACUGGGACAACCUGCAUCUGCAUCCACUCCAGAAUUAGGACCGUUUCUCCUGUACCGUGUUAAGGUAAACUGGUCAGACAUCGACUUAAGUGCCAGCAAUAUGCAGAUGCAACACUGCUCUACUUACCUUUCACAACAUGAACAUACCAUUACAACCAAGAUGGCUCAAUGCUUGGAUGAAAAAUACCUGGAUGAAGCUGAACCUGAGUAG